CUUCAGGCUGCACCUUCCUUAACUUCCUAUAUAGAUGACAUCACCACUACACCUCCAUUUAGGAAGGAAAGAGUUCCUCCCUCCAUCCUUCGUGAUUGUUUCUCAAUCCUCCACUAUAUAACGAGUUCAAGGCAUUUUCAACUUCCUACUAUCGAUCGUACUUGUGUCAGCGCCGAUCGACAACAUGCCGAAAAGAGGAAAGAAGCAACAAGGCAAGAAUCCAAAGCGGCGUCGCAGCGGUCAAGCUCCCAGCCAAGUGACACAAUCGGAAAGCGCAUCAGGGAGCGCGGAGGUUCAAGAGCUUGAAGAUGUUAGGGGUCAGCCUGCGGUAUGGGCGAAUGAUCGCCCAAGUCUCUGUGAGACUCUCCCCUGGUUUCAAUCGCAUCAAGGCGGAGUAUAUCAGACGGAGAAGGUGUGUCAUGGUUUCUUUCUUGGUGGACAUGGUGGACCACGAGAUUAUAUAGAUGAUGAGAUUGUGAUAACAAGAGUCGGAGGUGAUUGCGAGAGCAACGGAAAUGGUGCUGUGACACAGAUGAACGAUCAAAGUUGGAAUACGCGGGCAGUGCAAUCGCUCCGUGCGAGUCAGGAAUCUGGGGUUGCUGUUGGCCUGAUUAUUAGCAAAGGGAAUCAACCCAUCAAAAGAAAGUUGCCACAUGAGUUGAAUGUCAUGGGCUGGUUCCGCGUCGUUGAGAUCUGGUUUGAGAACACCAAUGGAAAGUCCGGAGCACGUGUUCGAUUUCAAAAGCUUGACCUCGAAGAGCCCAGUUGGUGGGCUAAGAGGGGAUCGGAAGAUCCGCCGCCUAUAAGUCAAAGAAACUUGCGCUUGCCAGAGAGCAAAAUCUGCAAGGGCUGUUUACGUUCUAGCAAAUUGGUAUAUGAGCAAGGUUGGAUGUGUCUGCAGCCAAAAUCGAGCUGUUUUCUAUCCGGGUUACUGGACGAUGGCACAGCUCCAACCGACCUUACGUACGAUGUAAACUUUCUGAGUUCCCGCGAGCCACCAGACGAUCACAUUAAGCCCCAAUUCAGUCUUGUUCCUAAUACAUUGGCUGAAUUAGAACGGUUUCCUGAUGCGUGGUCACAAAAAUUCGCGUCGCGAGGUGUGGUGUGCCCUGAGUGCCACAAGUGCAUUGCUAGGAGAUACUGGAAAGGUUGGAUGUGUCACGAUCCGUUGGACGACAACGUCAUUACCGAGAGUGCAGCUCCCUGUCAGUGGAAGAAGAUAUUGGACGUUCCUACUAUUCCCCUCAAAGCGGUCCAAGAAGAUCUUAAUGUCCGAAGUAUCAACAAACCCGUUGACAAAGAAUGGCGAACUCACAUACAGCAAGAAGCCCACUCCACAGAUGCAUAUCAUAGAAUGACCUAUAUCAUCGGGGAUGUUGGAAAGAUCGUUCAUUUCAGAGCCAACGAAUCGAUAUUGAACAAGCCCAAGGGUCCUGACGAUCUAUUUCAACGCCUUCAACAGGCUGAUCUAGGACUGUACCGAUAUAGUAUCAAUACAAGAGCCGGAACUCGGCAGCUGACAAAAAGCUUCGCUGCCAACUUUGGAAUGCCAUAUAAGUAUGUUCUUUCUGUCCGCUCAAAAGGGUUCGACGAAGCCCCAGCUGAGGUAAUACUCGGUCUUGAUCGUCUUAAGUGGGCAACCGAUCAAGUUGCUGGUAAGGAAGCGUCUGGACCCAACGAGUUGUUGGCUCUCGGUUACUUGGAAAAGAUGGCAAUGGGUUUUCAUGACGAUGGUGAAGACUCACUCGGACCUACAAUUGCGACUCUGUCUCUCGGUGCAAAUGCAACAAUGAAGUUUCGUCUCAAGGAUCAAUAUUUUCGUGGCAGCAGCAGAUCCCAUGUUCUAGUCGCAGAUGAUGCCGUUCUUCCGGGCUGCGAAAAUUAUGAAGAGCGCAAGGAGCUCAAAGCACAGCGUAACGCUGGAGAACUUACCAAAGAUGAGUACUCGAAGCAUCGUAUGCGUCUCGCAAAAGCCGUUACCAAAAACGAGGGCUCCAGUCUUAUCACCCUGGACUUGCGUCAUGGAGAUAUGGUGGUUAUGCAUGGGUCACUGCUGCAGAAGUACUACGAGCACUCUGUUGAGUCCAAAGGCAAGCUGCGCUUCGCCCUUACCUCUCGACACGUGAAGCCUGAAAUGGUGGAGGAGGGAGACCGUGUCAAGGGCGAGUAUAAUCCGGCACCUGACCAGAUUUAUAAUGGGGAGUAG